GAUUUGAAAAUUAUAGAACCAAUAACACUAGAUUUAGUUCGGAUUUUUAAAUCUAUUAAAAUACAACAACCAAUAACCCCUACUUAGUUUGGCUACGAAAGGACACCUAUUAAUUAAGAGUUACAAAUAAUAAAUAUAUUCUUAAUUAUGUAAUAUUUAAUAGUUGUAAAGCACACGGACUCUUUAACUAAAUAUAUAAUUUAACGUCUUAAGUGUUGCGCCCAUGUGAUAUGCAAAUUUCAUCUCUAUAAAUAACCAAAUGGCUUAAGCUGGUUACAUGCGUCGACACAUAAACAUACUCACCUUCGACUAUAUAUUAUAAACUACAAAUUUAUUUUUCUAAUUCUUUUCUGGGAUAUUUUAUUAAUGGCCAGAAUUAAUGUUUAUCUUUUUGCAUUUAUCUUGCUUUUGACUAUCAAACAAGAGUUUUGUUCCGUUGAAGGCCGAACCCUCGCUAAGUCCACCGUUACGAAGGCUGAGGAAAUCGGCGCUGAUGGCUCUGUACCGCCAUUUCCAUCGGCUGAGCCACUCCAGCCACCACCGAGCCACGGGGUUGAUACCUUCAGGCCUACGGUACCUGGAAAUAGCCCUGGUAUUGGACAUUCCGUACACAAUUAACGGAGAGGGACAAUAACAUGGUUUAUAUGAAUUUUUUUUUGUUCCAAUGGUUUAUGUGAUUAUAAAUCAGUGUUAUUUAAAAAGAAUAUUUGUUCCCUUAUUGAACAUAAUUAAGAUUGUGCUGUUGUUGUUAUUAUUGUUGGUUUUUUUUCCUGAAUAUGAAAUUUGGAUAUGUAUAUCUAUGUACUGUUUCAUCAUAUUCAGUUUUCUUGAAAGUGUGAUUUUGUUAUUGCAAUAAUAUUUAGUUUUCGUUUUUGCUAAAGUAAUACUCCAUCCGUUUCAGAUUAGUUGUUGUUGUAGGAUAAAAUUUUCGUUUCAAAAUAAGUGUUAUUUUAUAAUUUCAAUGCAAAAUCUAUUGAUUUUAUAUUUUAAUUUAUUUUUUCGAUUGGUUGGAAAAUGUGCUUAAGUGUAUUGUAAUGAUGUUUUUAUUUAGUAAAUAUACAAAAUUAAAUGUUUUCUUAACAUGUGUGUCCAUGUUUAAAACGAUUAAUUGAAUUAAUAUACCCCAUUUAUCUCGUAUAUUUCAUUUCAACUUUAAACCUAAGCUAUUAAUAAAAAAAACCUAAGCUAUUAAUCGAGACAUUUUAUAUUAUUGCAGUCAUGACUGAAUCAAACGUAACUAAACAUAACUUAACCGCUGCAUGGAUCUGCUAACGCAAGUGGUGAUGUCACCUUUUUAAGAUCUUUGAGCAGGGGAGUUCGAUUUCUUUUUUUUUUAAAGUGCUUUCGUAUUAAAAAGAGAGUACAGAAAUACACAAGAAAGAAAUACAACAGUUGCAUAUUUUAAAAAAAAAGAAACGAAGGGAGAAAUCACAUUGAAAUUUCUUCAAUGGAGUGAUUUCAGAACAAAAGAGUGGAGUUAAAACCCCGACCAAAAAGCGAGAAGCUCAUUUCCUACAGUUUUCCCAGAAUUCUUCAGGGCAAUAGCCUUGAACCUUGCUGUACGAGUUGCAACUUCAAAGAUUUUUAUAGGAGGGGAAGUAGUUCCCAGAUGGAAACGGGUAUUUUGCUCCUUCCAAAUUUCAUACAAACAUGCUUGCCAUAUCUGUAGAAUAACCAGUUUGAGAAUCCUAUCCCAGAGGAAGCAAGACAACCAGUCAAUAACACUUUGCCAAGUAGUUGGAGCAUUAGAAACACCCAAGCGGACCAAGCACUUUCUCCAAACCUCUGCAGAGUAAACACAUUCGAAAAACAAAUGGUCUCUGGACUCUUGAAGUAAGCCACAAAGUAAGCAAGUACCUUCAACAUCAAGACCCCAAGAUAGGAGUCUGUCCAUGGUAGGAUUACGGUUUAACAUGAAGAGCCACGAAGUAAUGGCCUGUUUAGGAACCGAUGCAGCAUGCCACACCAAAGACGUCCAAGUAGAGGGUUGUCUCCUCUCCCUUCUGUAAUUCCAAAUCUCCUUAGAGAUAAAUUUAUCUCUCUGAACCCCAUUAAAUUUAGAAAGAAUCUAAUCAUUUCCUUGUCCCAGAGAUAAAGUGGAGAUGAAUAUAUGAAGCUGAAGUUGCCUUUCCGAUCGGGGAAGAGGCAAAAUCUAACUACCAUUUACUAAGCAAUCACCCACAAGAGAAUCAAUAGAGAUCCCAAAAUCCAUAGGACCCGAAAUACCCAAGUAUUGAAUCAAAGGACCGAAAGGAGUCCACGGAUCCCACCAGAAAUAAGUUUCACCGCCAUUAUUAAUCUCAUAGUAAACCAGAGUUUGAGCUAUUGGGCGUAAGUUAACAAGCCUUUGAAACAUCCAAGAAGUGUUGCGAACUGUAAGCUGAGACGACAAAAAUGAGCACAUGCUUAGGUACUUCCUCCUCAUCCAUGCAACCCAUAGUGAUCCAGCUCUGAAGUGGAGCAACCAAAUAAGCUUGAGGCCAAAGACAAUAUUCCAAGAAGCUGAAUUUCUCAGCCCUAAACCACCCUCUACUUUAGGGC